AUGACAGACUGCCGUUAUACACAGCUCCGAAUUUUUGUCUGUAUAUUUGUUGUUUGUGUUCCUGUGUAUUCGACUCGGUCAGAUUCAUUUAGCUUUCUCGCCGUCUCUGGAUGUAAGGAUAAACUGGGAAACGAUGAUCUUCUCUCGUUGGAGAAGACCAAGUCUCUAGUUGCAUGUGCUGUAUCAUGUAAAACAGAAUGUCUCUGCUUUGGUUUUCAUUAUGAACGUAAGUUAUGUAGAAGACAAACACGAUGUGACCCGUCAAGAAUGAAUGAAACAGAGAUUGGAUGGUUGUACUAUCUACCAAGUACAGUUUGCACGGACCCUUACAACUGUGCGACAUGGACAGGCGGAAACGAUAGGGCGACAGAAGGUGUGUAUGUAUGGGAACACUCAAACACCGCCAUUGGAUUUACAAACUGGGACAAUAUAAACCCAGAUAACUACUAUGCUCCAAACCAAGAAGUAGACUGUAUAGAUAUGUUUUAUAAUGGGGAAUGGAAUGAUCGACCUUGUGCUUAUUUGAAUGGUUUUCUUUGCGAAAGGGAAAAUUUGUAA